ACUUCACAAUCCACCGACGCCGACUUCAAGCAGUCCGCCAAACACCGCUGCCCAACAUGAGCUACGGCAAGAAAGACGAAGAUGCCGAUUUGGGCCUGGUGAAGGUGGACAGGACCCAGGUAUUCCAAGAAGCACGGCUAUUUAACAGCUCCCCCAUCCAGCCGCGAAGAUGCCGAAUUCUCCUCACCAAGAUCGCCCUUCUCCUCUAUACGGGCGAGAAGUUUCCGACGAACGAAGCGACGACCCUCUUCUUCGGCAUCUCGAAGCUUUUCCAGAACAAAGAUGCCAGCUUGCGACAGAUGGUCCACCUUGUCAUCAAGGAGCUGGCUCACUCGGCUGAAGACAUUAUCAUGGUCACGAGCACCAUCAUGAAGGAUACCGGAGGCAGCACCGAUGCCAUCUUCCGACCCAACGCCAUUAGGGCCCUGUGCCGCAUUAUCGAUGCCACCACAGUCCAGUCUAUCGAGCGUGUGAUGAAAACUGCCAUUGUCGACAAGAACCCCUCCGUAUCGUCUGCGGCCCUCGUUUCCUCGUACCACCUCCUCCCGAUCGCCAAGGAUGUCGUCCGCCGCUGGCAGAGCGAGACCCAGGAAGCUGCGGCUUCCACGAAGUCCUCGAGCGGCUUCUCCCUAGGCUUCUCCUCCUCGAGCGGUCAAUUGCCCGCCAACAACUCGACCAUGCCACAAUAUCACGCAAUUGGUCUGCUCUACUCGAUGCGCAUGCACGAUCGCAUGGCGCUUGUCAAGAUGGUUCAGCAGUUCGGUGCCGCUGGUGCAGUCAAGAGCUCGGCCGCCAUUGUCAUGCUUGUCCGCCUGGCCGCCCAGCUUGCCGAGGAAGACCCAUCGCUCAGGAAGCCGAUGAUGCAGCUGCUGGACGGCUGGCUGCGUCACAAGAGCGAAAUGGUUAACUUUGAGGCCGCUAAGGCCAUUUGCGACAUGCGGGAUGUCACUGACGCCGAGGUCUCCCAGGCCGUACAUGUGCUCCAGCUCUUCCUUACCUCCCCUCGCGCCGUCACCAAGUUCGCCGCUCUCCGGAUCCUCCACAACUUCGCCUCCUUCAAGCCCAACGCCGUCAACGUCUGCAACCCCGACAUUGAGCUCUUGAUCUCCAACAGCAAUCGAUCGAUUGCCACCUUCGCCAUCACCACUCUACUCAAGACCGGUAACGAGGCUAGCGUCGACCGUUUGAUGAAGCAGAUCUCUGGUUUUAUGUCGGAGAUCACGGACGAGUUCAAGAUCACCAUCGUCGAGGCUAUCCGCACACUGUGUCUGAAGUUCCCCAGCAAGCAGGCCGGCAUGCUUGCUUUCCUGAGCGGCAUCCUCCGUGAUGAGGGCGGUUACGAGUUCAAGCGCGCCGUGGUUGAGAGCAUGUUCGACCUGAUCAAGUUUGUCCCGGAGUCGAAGGAGGAUGCCCUUGCUCACCUGUGCGAGUUCAUCGAAGACUGCGAGUUCACCAAACUUGCGGUCAGAAUCCUGCACUUGCUCGGUCUCGAAGGCCCCAAGACCUCUCAGCCUACUAAGUAUAUCCGCUACAUCUAUAACAGAGUGGUUCUAGAGAACGCCAUCGUGCGCGCGGCCGCCGUCACCGCCCUUGCCAAAUUUGGUGUCGGGCAGAAGGAUCCCGAGGUCAAGCGCAGUGUCGAGGUUCUCCUCACCAGAUGCUUGGACGAUGUCGAUGACGAAGUCAGGGAUCGUGCCGCGCUUAACCUCCGACUCAUGCACCAGGAAGAUGAGAUUUCGGAGAAGUUUGUCAAGAACGAAAGCAUGUUCUCCUUGCCGUACUUCGAGCAACAGCUCGUUAUGUACGUCACGUCAGAGGACAAGUCUGCGUUUAACAGCCCCUUCGAUAUCUCCCAGAUCCCUGUCGUUACCCGUGAGCAGGCCGAUGCCGAGGACCGGACGAAGAAGCUCACGGCGACUGCCCCGUCUCUCAAGCCCCCGAAGGUUGGACCCACGAAGGCUGCUGCAGGUGGCGCGGAGGCUGCUGCGUCAGCAACUGCCGCCACUCAGCGUUACGCCCAGGAGCUGAUGCAGAUCCCCGAGAUGAAGGAGUUUGGCAGUGUGCUCAAGUCGUCGCCCGUUGUCGAGCUUACCGAGUCGGAGAUGGAGUACGUCGUCACCGUGGUCAAGCACAUCUUCAAGGAGCACGUCGUGUUCCAGUACGAGGUCAAGAACACACUGGACGCGACAGUCCUCGAGAACGUAUCCAUCGUGGCGACGCCGUCCGAAGAGGAGGAGCUCGAGGAGGUUUUCAUUAUCCAGGCUGAGAAGCUCCCCACCAACGAGCCCGGUAAGGUUUACGUAGCCUUCAAGAAGGUCAACGGAGAGGGCUCCAUGCCAAUCAGCAGCUUCUCCAACGUGCUCAAGUUUACCAGCAAGGAGAUCGACCCGACGACGAACGAGCCCGAGGAUACUGGCUACGACGACGAGUACGAGGUGGCCGAGUUCGACCUUGCGGGCAGCGAUUAUGUCAUUCCCACGUUUGCCAGCAACUUCAACCACAUCUGGGAACAGGUGGGUGCGGCUGGCGAGGAGGCCGAGGAGACUCUGCAGCUCAGCAGCAUGAAGAGCAUAGCAGAGGCAACGGAGCAACUUGCCAAGGUAUUGUCGUUGCAGCCUCUGGAGGGUACGGAUGUGCCGGUCAACCAGACGACACAUACCCUCAAGCUGCUCGGCAAGACUGUCGGCGGGGGCAGAGUGGUUGCCAACGUGCGGAUGGCUUACUCGUCCAAGUCUGGCGUGACGACGAAGAUCACGGUUCGCAGCGAGGAGGAGGGCGUGGCGUCGCUUGUUGUUGCAUCGGUUGCUUAAAAAAGAAGAUACUUGUUCGGAGUUUGUGGGAUCAAUACAAAUGGUCGGAUGUUCCGAGUAAGCCAAGAUGUACGUACGGCAGACGAAAAGAGACGAGGACCUUUUUUCUAUCACAGCCGACUCGAUCAAAGCAGCCAACGACGACGCCGCCGCCACCAUAGUAGUAAGGGGGUUUUAAGCUGGAGUUUUUGAGCGCACAAGCGUGCGCGUUGAAAAGGGCCAGCGACUCGCGUACAUCUAGAAUGAAGACACGAAAAGAAACGAGGACGAGCUGCCUGUGCUUUGUUUGGUGUCGCGGUGUAUUGAAAUGUGUG